UAUCCAUUUCUAAAUAAUUUUUUAUACACUUAUCGUAAACUUGAUGAAAAAUUAGAAAAAUAUUACGAUCUUUAUACAUUUUACAAGACUGUAGUAAAGGAUGAUCCGGAAAUAAAUCAAACAUACAAAGAUAUAUUGCUAAAACUUUUAAGAAAUUUACAGAACUUCGAAUAUUAUAAAUAUAAAAUAUCACAGUUGGAUGAAUUUUGUACAUAUUUAUAUCAUUGGCUGUACUUCAAUACAAAGGAGUAUGAUCAUACUGAAUAUCUUAUUAGUUUAAUUUUCUCUCAUUUCCAAGCAAAAAGGAAUCCUAUAAACUUAUAUGUAUGUCCAUAUAAUUUAUAUGAUAAACAUAAAUAUGUUUUACAAUCAAAUGAUUUAGUAAAAUUAAGCUAUUUUAAGUUUAGUUUCGAUGAUAUCAAAAACAUUUUGAACGAAAGGAAACAUCCCAAUUAUUGUCUUUGUCAAAAAUAUCUUGAUGAAUGUGUUAAUACAUAUAUAUCCAUGAAUGCCAGCCAUUGUUCUAUUGCUACAGUAGAAAAUAAUAGAGAAUUAUGUUCAGAAUUAAGACAAUUUAAUUCUUAUUAUUCAUAUCUUACUAAGGAUUUAAAAAUAGGUGGAAAUAUACCAGACAUAUAUACUGGAAAAAGAAACGUAGAAUUAUUAGAUUGUUCACCGAAAGAAAUAUCAGAAUUAAUAUCCAAUACGGAUGACAGUUCAAAUGAUGCUGCAUCACAAGUUGUAUCUUAUGUAAAAGCUUUGCCAACAGCUGUUGGCACAAUUGCUGGAGCAACUUCCAUAUUAGCGUUAUUAUAUAAGGUUUAUACAAAGAUGAUUUUGAAUGUAUUAACUAUAUAG